CAUCUCUUGAAUUUUGAGAGAUCUUUUGAGGAUUUUGACGUUGACGCCAUUUUUUAUUUUUUCUAGUGUUUUGUUUGUGUAGAUCGUUAAUUUGUGGAUAAAAAAAUAAGUAAAAAGGUUCCAUUUAAAUCCAACUUCCUCCCAGUGAUAAUUUUAGACCAAACUUAUUAGUAAAGUCAUAGUGAAAAUUCCGAGAAACAUCUUGAUGUCACCACCAACAGAAGGCACCCUGGAUUGAUAUUUAUUUACUUAUUUUCGUGUUGCUCAAUACGUAUUUUGUAAAUUUGAAAAACUGAAAUGGUGCAGCUAAAAUUCCUUACAUAAUAAAUUAUGAAUAGUGAUUUUUGAACGUUCAAUCUCACUUAACUACUAAAUUGUUUCUGCAAUGACAGGGUGCUAGUUUUGGGAACAAAACAAACAUUUUAGCACUUCCUAGAAUCACAAGUAAUGCAGAAAAUAUGCACUAGCUUGAGUGUGUUAGAAUUUGGCCUGAGAUGGGGGACUAUGAGCUGUACCAAGCAAUUAAAUCAUUUACAUCUUCCUCUUCUGCAGAAGAUGAACUGGACUUUCAAAAAGGAGAUGUUUUUGAAGUAUCCAUACAAAGCCCGUUUGAAGAUACCCAAUCAAAUAGGCCUGGGUGGCUUUUUGCCUACAGCAGAAGAACAAAUGGAGUUGGUUAUGUCCCAGUGGAGUAUGUCAAACUCUUAGGAUCAGAAGUAGGAAAAACAAUACACCAUCCCUCAGCAUGUGGUGUAGAAGUAUCAAAGCUAGAAGUGGAGAGCAAGCCCAAGCACAAGCUAGAAGAAGCUUUUUUUCUGACUCCGAUUCUAUGCAAGCAUUGCAAAGAUUAUAUUUGGGGCCAGGGUAAAGUCGGCGUAAAAUGUAAAGAUUGUCAUGCCUGUUUCCACAACUAUUGCCUCAGAUAUUUUCCUCACUACAUGUGCCAGAAGGACACCGAUUCGCUUCCACCAGUUACCCUAGAUUACGACAAGCCAAUUUCUGAGUGGACUUGUUCAAAUGUUAUAGAAUGGAUGGCGGCUCUCAACUUGUACACAUAUUCCGACGUUUUUAGAUGCAAAGAUAUCAAAGGUGCAGAUUUAAUCAAUCUUGAUCGUGAUAAAUUAAUGGCUAUGGGUAUAAAGGAUGAAUUUCACCAAAAGGCUAUCCUGACAUGCAUAGAUGAGCUUCUAAAUAAACCGGAAGACACCCUCUCCUUAAGAAAUGAACAAGAAGAAACCGUAAUUUCGGGCACAAAUUACACGCAUAAUUUAACGCAACAUAGCUUUAGCACCUUGGAGAGAUGUGAUAAAUGUAAUAAGUAUCUUAGAGGUUUGCUCCAUCAAGGGUUUAUUUGCCAAGACUGUGGGCUGGUCGCCCAUCGUUCUUGCGCUGCAACUGAACUUCCGUCGUGCACACACCGUCCAAUGGAUGAGAGAUCGCACUUUAUCCAGUUUAAGUCUUUUUUUGGCCAAGGUCUCUGCUGUCAUUUCAAAUUGACCGAAACUCCUGCUCCCGAGCUUAUCAUCAACUGCGCUUUGGAGCUAGAAAAGCGCGCCAAAAGCAACGAGUCCCUAGAAUUGUAUAACCUUUACUGUGCUACUCCUCCAUCAGAUCAACUGCAGUCCCUCAUUAAGAAAAUAGAAGAAAAUCCGAAUAACAUUAACCUAUCGGAGUUCAGUCCGGUGUGCAUCGCUAGCGUGUUCAAGAAAUAUUUAAGGGAAUUACCGGAUCCUCUGAUUCCUGUCCAGUGGUACGACAAGUUUCUGGAAGCUUCGAAGAAGAGGAAUGACGAAGAGUGUUCCUUGAUAUUGAGACAGCUGGUGGAAGAUUUGCCUGAACAUCACAAGUCAACUCUGAGGUUUAUUAUGGGCCAUCUUUGUAGAAUAUGUCAAUUAGAAUACGCUAGGGGUAACAAGAGCCCGCCUACUGUCCUGGUGCAAGUCAUGUGUCAUAUCUUCCUACGGCCACCUUGGGAACGUAUAAUACAAGUCGUCUACAACACUCAAGCGCAUAAUAGGAUUGUGGAAUUGCUGCUGCUCUACUGCGAUUGGGGAGAAAAAUUGCCAGAGUUCGCGUCAGCGCCAGCCAUACCGCCGAGGAAAGUAUCACGCAUGGGUAGCAGCGUGUAUUACAGUAUACAUGACCGAGAAAAGGACAAAAGCAUUUCAGUGAUGAGCCUUCAAGACGCCGAGUGGUAUUGGGGCGACAUAAAGCGCGAGGAAGUCAACGAAGUACUAAACGACACCGUGGAUGGAACUUUCCUUGUGAGGGAUGCUUCAAGCAAAUGCGGCGAAUACACCUUAACGCUCAGAAAAGGCGGCGCUAACAAACUAAUAAAAAUAUGUCAUCGUAACGGCAUGUACGGCUUCACGGAACCAUACACGUUCUCUUCAGUCAUCGACCUCAUCAACCACUUCCGCAACGAUUCACUCUCUCAAUAUAACGCUUCAUUAGAUAUAAAACUGCUCUAUCCCGUUUCGAGAAACAACCAGGAAGAGGAGCUCGCCAAGACUGAAAAAAUAGAAAAGCUCGUCGAAAAGCUUGUGAUCGUCAACAAGAAUUUGGCCGAAAAGAAUAAAGUGUCUGAAACGGUUUCAAAAGACUUUAACGAAACGUCAUCCGAAGUACAAACGAAAAGGCACGCCCUCGAUGCGCUUAAAGAAUUAGUACAAGUAUUUAGAGAUCAAACCACAAUCCAAGAGAAAUUCCAAAGCGAAGCGCAACCACACGAAAUCAAAAGCUUAGAAAUUAAUUCGGAAUUGCUGAAGAAACGCUUAGAUUUAAUGUCGGAGAGUUGCGAGCAACUCGAAGAAAUUUUGAAACAAAAAGAAGCAUAUAAGAAAGUAUUAGAACGAGAAUUGACAAGCCUGAAACCUCAAAUUCAUAAUUUAGUUAGAGAGCGGGAUAAGCACAUCAGAUGGCUCCAACAGAGGGACUUUUCCGUCGCCAAAAUCAAUCAAAUCCUCAAUCGAAACAUUGAAGAAACGUCUGAGGAGUGCGAAGUGGACACGGAUACGUUGCCUCACAACGACGAGCACACUUGGUUAAUGUUGAAUUGUUCGCGAACGGACGCAGAAAGGUUGUUAGAAGGUAAACCGGACGGAACGUUCUUGGUCAGGAAAUCUAGACAGAUGAAUAAAUACGCGCUGUCGGUGGUGUGCAAUGGCAGCACGAAUCACUGCAUCAUCAACGAGACGAACAAAGGUCUCGGAUUUACGGAGCCCUACAAUAUCUACCCCACUUUGAAGGAUUUGGUACUGCACUAUGCCACGAAUUCGUUGGAGAUUCACAACGACUUGCUUAACACCGUUCUGGCCUAUCCAAUUUGGGCGUGUAGCGUGAACUAUGAGACGGAGAAUUGUAUUUAUGUUUCUUAAUGAGAGUUUUGUGAUAAUUAUAAAGCUGCUGUGACUUUUUUAUUCCCAUAUUAAAAUAUUGUGAUGGUGAUAAUUAUGAAGAAAAAAAAUAAACGAUUUUAACAAAUUUUUAUUCAACUAUGUAUUAUAUAUUAUAUAUACAUAAAUUUAUAUUUACAUGACUGGUUUACGAUUGAAUGAACUGUUUUGCUUCAACACCAGGUUAAAAUGACUGUGAUAGUGUACUAAAGAUGAGUUUCACAUGUACUUAGAGUUUUGGUGGUAUAUAUUGAAAGGCGUUGAAAAAGUGUCUGCCAAAGCAACAAAAUUGUGGAAUGCUUAUUAAUAUUCCAGUGACCAUUGAGACCUUCAGCGACAGCUUGGCAACAAUGUAGAAGUUCAUUUUCUACCCAUUUUUAGUACCAUAUAAUCAUUUUCUGCAUUUUUAAUGUCCAUUUACGUACUCAAAUAAAUUUUUUGGUCUAUUUCAAAGAACACUCGAUUUUACAACCAAAAGGUUUCAUUUUAAAUUAUUAGUAAUAUAUUGCGUGUUCUCUUUGAAUAUAUUUCCCAAAAUUUUGUAUUUAUUCCUUUUUGUACAAAAAUAAACGAAUUACACCAAUUUCAAUCAACACAUCGUUACUUUCCACCACGCAGAAGCAUCUAGUGAUAUAGGAGAUUGAAGUUAAGUAGAAAAAGUUUCCAAUUUUGUAUACAAAUUUGAUAUUUAUUUUUUGUUUAACAAAAUAUAAUUGCCUUUAUCAUAUUGAUACCUUUUUACCAGACUAUUGUAAGUGCCAUUUAAACAAAUGUCGCUUACGUUAGUCUGGUGAAAAGAUAUCGAUAUUUAAGUUAUGUAUCAUUCCAGUAGAACUUUCAUCAGUUUAUAUAUUUUUUCUAAUUUUGACAUAAAGUGACAUUUUUUGUAAUCCCAGCAAGUGUGAAAAUGAUCUCUUGUAUGUAACUAGUUACAUAAAGUUGAAUAUUAUGUAACUGGUUAUGAAAAAUUCAUUAUAUAUCACUCUUGCGAAUAGAAAACAAAUAAAAAUUAACAUUUUUGUUUUAAAAACUAUAUACAUUAUUAUUGAAAGUUUAUAUCGAAGGUAGGAAGGUGGGGGCUAUAUAAAAAUAAAUUUCUAUUUUUCUAAAUAUGCCAAUGAAAUGAUGAAGUCACAUGCAACUAACAAUGCACGAAAGUUCAAACACAAUUUUAUAAAUAAUCUUGUCAAAAUUAGAAUUUUUUUGUAUGUAAUACGUUAUCAAAUGACGUUUUGUGUAACUUGUUCAUUUUGUGGGACCUCGCCUUGAUCGUCCCUCAAAGAUUCACUCGUUGCAUAAAAUAAGGAAUUUUGUAAUUGGUUACAUAAAUUGCUAUUGUUAUUUUUUUACUAUAAUAAAACAGCAAAAAUUACACAAAUUUAAGCUGAUGUAGGAACUAAACAGCGAAACGUUUCUAUAUUUAAAACCUUUUAAGAAAAUCAAUUUUUAUACAUGUGUUAUCUAGCCGAGGGGUAAGACACUUGCAUCAAUUUGUACACCUAAUCAUAAUUACAUUAGUUUUUGAAAGUAAUUAAUAUAAUUAAUGAAAAAUAAUAGUCCAUUAUAAUUGAAAGUAAUUUAUUGUAAUUGAAUGUUUAGUUGUAGUUUAAAAUAAUUAACCAUAAUUUAAAGGCAAUAUUUCUAAAGAAUAAACGUUUACGUUUUUUAGUAAUAAUCAUAUCUAAAAAAGUGAAUUCUUUCUGAAAAUAAUUUCCAUGAUUCCUUGAUUUCCUAAUUUUAACUGAAUUGGGUUGAUAAUUAUUAUGAUCUGACUUGUUACUUUAUUAAGUUUUAUUUAUAAAUACUUUUGUGGAAAGAUGGGCCUUGCUUUACCUGUUACAUACGAUUUUUCGACAAUUUCACGGGGAGUUUCAUUUUCUGUCAGAGGACGACGGUUCAGAAUAUUCCUCUGAUAUUUCUCAGGAAGGCUCAGAAGAACUUUUUUAUCUUUUCUAAUUUUCUUAAAGAAAUCACUAUUUUUAACCAUUGAUUUUUUUCAUUGUCUAAUAUUUUCAAACACUGUUUUUAAUAUAUAACUAACUUUCAAUAUGCUCUGAUUAUUAUUAGUAAAUGGUAUAUGCCUGAGCACAUACAAUAAGUGUGCAAAUACAAAUUACCCCACCAAAAAUUUGUUGUAAUUGAAUAUAAUCAUUCAGUUGGAUUUUCACAACUUGUACACAUAAUUGAUGAGUGUCAACCCCCUCGCAUCUAGCAAAUUAAUAUAUCCCAAUGACGAUGUUAACUUGGUUAGUGAAACAUGUGUAAUAAAAAAUAUGGUUGAUAACUGGUUAAACUUUGUUUUUUUUUAUAAUAAUCUUGUUUUAUUUGCCUAAGAAAUACGACUUGGAUUUGUGGAUAAAAUUGGUUGAAAAACUCAUCUCAGUGAUUAAUGCUUUCAAUAAAUAUAUAUUUUAAUGGAAAUUGGUGUGAUUCAGUUUGUUUUGAAAUUAAUAAAUUUUAUAUUGAAACUUCUUUGCAGAAAAUUAAGAAAAUACGAGUAAAGUCACUUAACGAUUACUUUCUACAAUAUAUAAUUUAUCAUAUUUUACAUAUAUAUAUUUUCUCUAUUUAAUUCUAUUUGAUAUGAUUGCGAUGUUUAUUUAUUGUUAUAUACUUAAAAAUGUUUUAUGAAAGUGUUAAGUGACUUCACUGGAUUAUUAUGAUUUUUAAAAUAGAUUUAUACUUGAGUAACAAAUCGAGUUACUAAAGGAUAAUGAGAGGAAAUUGUAGAAUUUCCUUUCAAAAAUCAGUAUUUAUGUAAUUUAAUAUUUUACUAGACCAACAGUACUUUAGUUAAAAAAUGUCCAUGCUGUUAAUUGUUGAAGCUGAAGUCUCGUUACUUCUAGUGAUCUGUACUAAUAAUCAAGUCAAUAUGAAUAUAUAGAAGAGGUUUUUACUACAGCUGGAUUACCGGAAAUAUUAAAAAUGUUUUUUAAAUAUAAAAAAUCUUUGGACAAUUAAAUCUUCCAAGAAUUUAUAAAAAAAUGGUAAUCAAACUAGGUAAAGACUUCGAUUUAUGUAUGCAGUGAUAAUACACUGCAGAAUAUUUACCUGGUAUUUUAUUUGUUUAUGUUUUACAAAAAAAAAAAGCAUUCUAGAUAGAAUACGCCCUUUUAUAUAUAUAAAUGUAUGUAUACAAAUUCUCCGUUCCUAUCAAGGAAUAAAAUUAGAAAAAACAUUAGACAUCUCAAAUUAUAUAUUUUUUUUAGAAUCAUUUAUUAAUUUAUUAUCCUUUGCCAAAAUUCCAACCGAUCAGAUGGAAUCGGCCGAAUUUAAUUCCCCAUUUCAAAUAAAUUAAUUUUAUUUUUUUUUUAUUUAGUUGCAAAAUAAUGUUUGAUUUGAUAAAUUGUGCCAUAUUUAAUUUUAUUUCGAAUUAUAUUUUAUUUUGUUUGAUUGGGGUUCAAAAUAGCCUUUUGGAUGGUUCCUAUUUGUAGUAUCAAUUAAUCUUGUUAAAUUACAUUAAUAUGAAUGUAAAAUUACAAUUAAAGGGACAUCGUUUACAUUAUUUCGGUAUUUUCUUUUAGACAAUAUCGGCCAUGUAUGUUUUUCUUUUCCAUUUUGCUCUGUUUCACGUCUUCCUUACGCUACCUCUCAUACUUCCACCCUCAACCUGCAACGAUCUAAGAUCUCAUCUAUUCACCUAUAAGCGCAACCUCUAAAACAUUAAUUUCUAAUUUUAUUUCAUCUUUUUACUCACUAAUAGUAAUUUUACAUUUAAUAUAAUGUAACAAAUAUUGUGUGCAUUAAAUUAUCAGAAUAUUUAAUGCUAAUAAAUGACUAAAAUAAUUGAACUACUAAUUGGGUCCAUCAUGAUAACUUUUGAAAAUGUGCCGAAAUGUUUGAAUGAGAAAACUUAUUAUCAACUUCUUUGAAAAUGUAUAAUACAACAAAAACCUAUAUUUUUGAUUUUUUUAUACAUAUAUAUUUUCAACAUUUGAUUGUAUUGAGAAAUUGAUAAUCCGUUUUUAUACAUUUGGCCGUUUUAGUGAAAAAAUAUUUGCAUUUGUUUAGAUAAACUUAAAAAAUGCACAUUUGUUUUUUUUUAUAAAAUUAUAUAAAAUGUGCAAAAUAGUUUGUUUUAUUCUAUUCAAAAUAGAGCCGAGAUGUGAACCCAUAAAUUAUUAAUAGACAUAUGAUGUGCAAUUUUAUUUGCAGUUUAAAUCCCCUCUUAUCAGGAUCUGUAACUGAUAUAUAUAUAUAUAUAGCAGUACAAAAUAUUAUCAAAAGUAUUUUAUUUUAGAAAUUAUACGAUUACUCGAUUUUACCACAUAUCUAGAAUGUUUUUUACAAUUUUUAAUGCCUCUAUAAUCGAUGUAUAAUAUAUUGGAAUUUUAAAAGAGCAAUUUUUGAAAUAACCGAUGAUUCAACAGUUCUUAUUUUUCGCUAGAAUUCUUUUUAAAUGUCAUCUCUAUCAACUGAAAGUCUAAGCAUUUAUUCUGAUGUUUUAAUCAGUAGUUUUUUGUAGUGUCAUGGCCUAAAUUUCACAAAAAUUGUAAUAAUCAAUGGAUACUUAAAUAAUAUUUCUUUCAUAAAGAAUUUUCGUUCAUUGGUGUCCAUAAGUAGUAAGUUAUUUUUAAUUUUAAAAAAAUAUUUACUAUUCUCUGUUGACAUAUUCCAAUAAUGGUUUCAAACUAAGACACUCGGCAACAGUGUUAUUUGGUUUCUAUAUUUGUGGCUAUUGCAAUUCUGAAAUGGCUUGCUUCAUCAAUAAUUUACUAAUAAAACAACACCACACAUUUUUUGUAAAAGUACAAUCAUUUAAUCCAUAUAUCGACCAAAAUAAAACUAACAUUAUUAUAGAACUGUACACAUUUUCACUGUUGGAUAAAUUUAAUCAUCUCUAAUGUUUUAGUUGUUAAUGAAACACGUGUGGAUUUAUUUAAUGAUGUACCAACAAUAUAUUGUUCCUAAAAGUGAUUGCACUCUAAUAUAUUGUAUGAAAGAUGGUGUAAGUCAAUUAAAUGUUAAAAAUAUUUGCGCAAUAUGCCACAUACAAGAAAAAAUCUCUGAUAUGUUUAUUGAAAUUAUUGAUAGGCCUAGAUAACUUUUUGUCCAUUCAUGUACCAUUUCGAUUGUUUAAAUGUUGAUUACACUAACAUGCAUAAAUUAGAGUUAAAACUUUUAAAUCUUUUUACUGGAGAAAACUGCAUUUUGAUAUUUAAUAUGAGAAUUUGUACCAUCGUCACUGUAAAAUUUUAAUUGGAUUUACAUGCGAUGUGAAUUAAUAUCAAAAUGGCGCAUUUAGUUUUCCGAAACAAUGAAGUACUGUUUGCAUGAGAGAUUGUAUGUAUCUUGUAUGGUAAUUUGUAUGUAUGCUAUGAA